UUUUCAGUGGACUAAUAAUAAGUGCAAAAGUGAUACUAAGAAAAAUGUGGGGAUUUUUAUGUUCACUACUUGUCUUGGCUACAGGGACGUUUUCAAUUGAGAACGAAAUAUUAUAUAUCCGACAUGGAAUACCGCCGGCCAGGGAACCUGAAAUUAGAACAUCACCCCAAUGGUUUAGACUUACUCAAAGAGUUGACCAUUUCAAUCCAGCAGACAACAGAACUUGGCAAAUGAGAUAUAUACAAAAUAACGCCUUUUAUGAAGAAGGUGGUCCCAUGUUCGUAUUUAUAGGGGGUGAAUGGACUAUUUCAACAGGUUGGAUUACGUCAGGACUAUUUUUUGAUAUAGCCCAAAUGCAUAAUGCCACUUUAUUCUACACGGAACACAGAUUUUAUGGAGGCAGUUAUCCAAUAAACAAUUUAGAGACCGACAGUUUGAAAUACUUGUCCGCUGAUCAAGCUCUAGCAGACCUUACGUAUUUUAUUGAGUAUCAAAAGCAAAAUACACCGGGGCUUCAAAAUAGUACAGUGGUAGUUGCUGGUUCAUCAUACGCAGGAACUUUAGCAACAUGGGCAAAAUUAAAAUAUCCUCAUAUAGUAGACAUUGCUUAUUGUUCGAGUGGCCCUUUACACGCCAAAGCUGAUUUCACAGAAUAUUUUGAUGUUGUGGAAGAAACUCUACGUCUUGCUUCCCCAACUUGUCCAGAAGUAAUCAGAAGAGCCAUGAGCGAAGCAAUGGAAAUGCUAGAAACUCCAGAGGGUUCUGCCAACUUUUCACGAAUAUUUCGUUCGUGUAACCCUGUAAAUGGUUCAGUAGAACCAGAUAGGUCUUAUUUCCUUACAAGUCUUUCAUCACCAUUUGCUAAUGCAGUUCAAACUGCUCAACCUGGCGAUUUGGUGUCCGUGUGUGAACGCCUCGAGAAUCACACAGGGUCUGAUGUAGAAAAACUGGCUAACUACAUAGUACCACAAGGAUCAUGUAUAUGGACUUAUGACUUUUUUAAAGACUAUUAUUCUGGAACACAAAUUAUAGGAACAAACAGAUUACGUCAAUGGCUUUAUCAAACAUGUACUGAAUAUGGUUGGUAUCAAACACAAGCUUUUGGGAACACGUUUACAAUAGAUCUGUAUUAUCAAAUUUGUAUUGAUCUUUUUGGAGAAGUAUUUGGUUCUUCCACUCUAUAUACCGGAAUUGAACGAACAAAUUUGUUUUAUGGUAGCAUAGAACCAGAAGUAACACGACUUAUUACAUGCCAUGGUACGGGGGAUCCAUGGUACAAGAUGGGAUUGCUGAAUGAUUUAAAUGAGAACGCAAUUACAAUUCUUGUUAACGGUACCUCGCAUUCUGCCGAUUUGUACUCGAUUAGGGAUUCCGAUUCCGAUGAGUUAAAACAGGCCAAAAUCAGGAUUAUGAACACAAUAAGUGCCUGGAUAUAUGAAAUAGAAGGAGAAGGUGGUUCAACAGCAACAAUUCCAGUAACGACUACAACAAUUAAUCCAGGAAUAAUUACAACUAAUGUACCUAUACCUACAUCUCCACCAACUGUUGGGAAUGAAGAUAAUGAUAAUAAUGCGGAUAAUUUUGCUAUAUCAAAUGCCCCAACGAUGGCCAUUUUUCUCAGUGUUUUAUUGAUACUAUUGACGUGCUGAAUAUAAUUAUAUCUUAAAGAUUACAUAAAUAAUAUAUAAAAAAAUAUUAACCUACCUUUAUAUUUACUAAUAGUGUAAAUUAAUACUUGAUACAGCAUCAGUAUUCAA